AUGUGGAUUCUCCGCGUCUUCUCCUCUGCGACCUACCUGACCGCGAUCGUCCUCUCGAUCCCCCUCGCCUUUGAUGUCGGCGGUAAAACCUGCGGUCUGGCCUACUCGCUCUCGCUCGCCAGUUUUUAUUUUCUCUUCUCGCUACUGAAACUCGCAACGCCCGACUCUUCACGGUUCAGAAGAUUGCUUGUCAUUCUCGUGGGCUCGACGCAAUGGCUCAUCGUUCCGGCCUUAUUGAUCUGGUCGCUAAAUCUGUUCUCCGUGGAUUCCAAGAAUCGCAGCGACGCUAAUCGAUGGGUUGACAACUACACCUCUCCUAGUAGCCGCGUGAAAGACGUCGAUAACGGUGUAUGGAACGGUAUUUCCACGUGGAUUUUUGGUCCGGGCGGCUUGGUGGAAUCCUUUGCUAUUGGGAGCUGGGAUAAGGUUUUGCGAUGGUCGUCUCCAUUCUUUCAGUUGGUCGAGGGUUUUUGCAGCCUGCUUGUUAUUCAGGCUGCUGGACAAAUUACGCGUUGGCUCGUUAAUAGGAGUGGUGGUGAUACAUGGAUGAUCAGUUUGCUCGUCGUAUCUGCUUCCAUUAUUUCAAGCUCGGUCUACUUCCUCUGGCGCGUUCUUCAGUUCCCCGAAAUCUCGAACGUCGAUGCGGCUUUGAUUGGAGUGGCUAUUACCAGCGCUGUCAUUCUAUGCGCCUGGGGAAUUGGUAGUGGCCGUGGCAAUGCGGUCGAGAGCUCGCUACUCUUUGCUUACAUUGUUCUCUGUGUCUACCAAAUCUUCACUGAUUACCAACCAUCCGUGCCUGUCGAGCAAGCUCCUCCCGCGCAAGCAGCAGACUUCCCUCCUCUGCCGCCCAUCAUCAUGGCGUCGUAUAGCACGUUGAUAAAUCUGCUUUCGCUAUUGCCGUCUAUCCUCCAUGCCGCGUUCAAUGUCAUUGCCGCAGCUUUCAGUGCCGUCACGCCUUCGAUCCUGAUCACGCUUGCCUAUCGCCUAUUCGUGUUUUACGCCUCAACGCGAAUUAUCCCCGCAGUUCGUGAAUCCGGUGCUCGAGCCCUGUCACAGGAAGCAUCGCUGGACGACGACGAUGGCGCCAACAAACUUCUGGGCUUACUAAGCUGGUUCUCGCCUAGUAUACUUGUCGCAGUGUAUACCAGUUUGUUGAUGCAACAUUUUGCAGCAAAUUCUCCAGGCGCGGCAGGAGGAGUAGCCGCUGGACAAUGGUGGUUGAGCCAAGGAGAUGUUGGCUCGAAUUUUUGGCGAUGGAUUAAUUUGGCUUGCACAAUGGCGCUGUAUGCUUUCGAAUUGUGGAUUGGCCAGGAAGAUGAUACGGGGUUGACGGGGCAUUGGAAGACCGAUUGA